AUGCACUGGGUGAGACAGGCUCCAGGGAAAGGUCUGGAAUGGGUGGCCAACAUACGUACAGGCUUAUUCACUUACUACCCAGACAACGUCAAGGGACGUUUCACCAUAUCCCAGGAUUUUUCCCGAAGCCAGCUCUAUCUGCAAAUGAACAGCCUGAAACUAGAGGAUUCUGCAGUCUAUUACUGUGUGAAAGACACAGUGAGAGGAAGUGAAUCGGAUGCCCAACAAAAACCUUCUCUUCCUCUAAGCAGCUCUCCAAAUUUCAUUGAAACACUUUUGUUUUUAGGAGUCCAAUCUCAAGUACAGCUGGUGGAAUCUGGAGGGGAUGAGAGAAGACCUGGGGAGUCCCUCCGUCUCUCCUGCCAAGCCUCUGGAUUCACCUUCAGCAGCUAUUAUAUGGCCUGGAUGAGACAGGCUCCAGGGAAAGACCUGGAAUGGGUGUCUUACAUAGGUACAGGAUCAUCUCCAAUUCACCACUCAGACAAAGUCAAGGACCGCUUCACCAUCUUCAGAGAUGAUUCUCGCAGCCAGAUCUAUCUGCAAAUGAACAAUCUGAAAGCAGAGGACACAGCUGUCUAUUACUGUGCUACACCCACCCACACAAAGUUUGUGCAAUUUACUGAAUCCUUUCCUCUCAAUUCCCUCCAUUCAUUACAGGGAGCAAAAAUGAUCCCCUGGCUUAAUUUGGCGUCCUUGUUGGUCCUCAUUCAAGGAGUCCACUCUCAAGUCCAGUUGGUGGAGUCUGGAGGGGAUGUGAGAAGACCUGGAGAGUCCCUCCGUCUCUCCUGCCAAGCCUCUGGAUUCACCUUCAGCAGCUUCUGGAUGCACUGGAUGAGACAGGCUCCAGGGAAAGGACUGGAAUGGGUGGCCGGAAUAAAUGCAGCUUCAUCUCCUACCGCAUACUACCCAGACAAAGUGAAGGGACGCUUCACCAUCUCCAGGGACAAUGCAAAAAGCCAGCUGUAUCUGCAAAUGAGCAAUCUGAAACCAGAGGACACGGCAGUUUAUUACUGUGCAAGAGACACAGUGAGAGGAAGUGGGAGCAUUCACAACUUCUGGGGGCAAUUUGACUUUGAGUCUUUGAACUGA